AUGGGGCUGAAAAUUGAGAUUUUUACCUUCAGAUUUGUCAUCUCUCUCAUCGGACUUGUGGGCAACCUCAUUCUUAUAGUGUCCAUUCUCAAAAUCCCCCACCUCAAAACCUUUGAGAUAUUCCUUCUGGGACUGGCUGUGUCUAACCUGGAGGGAAUCUUGAUCGUGGAUAUUUAUGACUUCAUUAUCAUUAUCAAGUCCUGGACAUCCUCCCUGAGCAUGUGGUCCUGUAACACUCUGAGGUCCUUGACAGUGACUGGAGAAACAGCGACGAUACUCUUCACUAUGCUCAUCAGUGUUUUCCGCUACCAGAAGUUACGGGAUGUUGAGACUCGUGUUAAUCUGCCUGUUGCUAUGGACAAGGUGCGCACAGCACUGGCAAUGAGUGGCAGCAGUAUGCUUCUGGCUGUCCUCUUUGGAAUGCCCGUCUAUGCCAUGAACCUAGACGGACACAUGCUGAACUACACACGCAAUGACAGCUGCCCCCCAGACUUCUUUCAGUGCCCCAAAAACUACUGUCCUGUAUUGAACAGGGCCUACAAGUACCUCUUCCUCCUAAUUUGCAUCCUGCUACCCCUCUUUGUUGUUACAGUGACCAGCUGUUUCAUCAUCAGAAUCCUGCGGUUCCGGCAGAGGGCAGUGGCCCCCCCACCUGUCCGGCCCACCCAUCACCACGGCAAAAAGACCUCUGCCUUCCAGCGGAGCACCACAGCAGUUCUGGCAGCCAUGAUCAUCUUUCAGCUGGACUGGACAGUUUACUUAGUGUUGCACCUGGUCUUAGACCCAUACAGCUUCUCAUCCUGGUCUGAGACAGAGUUUUUCAUCACCACCACCUACUCCACCAUCAGCCCCUAUAUAUAUGGCAUGGGAAAUAACCUCUUUUCUGUUAAGCACUUUUAG